AUGACCAUUUUACAAGAACAGUUAGUGGGGAAGGAUCCUACGCUGAUAACGUUCAACGAGAUUACGGGGGAGCAUAGAUAUAAUAGAUAUGGAUUAUGGAUCGUUAUUGAUUUUAUCGCGUUACUUGUGACUACGCUAUUACGGUUUCUUUUUUUGGCUUCGGAUAUCUAUACAUUAGUCCAGAUCUACGUUUUGUCAAACUGGGACGAUUAUCAUUCUAUCAGUUAUGUUCCUAUAUUGGUCUAUAGGAUUAUUUUCACCGUCUGCAUUGGCUUGUACAUUAUUUUCCUUAUCUUUUCGAUCGCAACCGGAAUACACAUCUUUCAUAAAAACUAUGUUAUUUCCUCAUACCUCCACGCUGUUGCACGUGAAUUCAACUCUUUGAGAAGCUACGAGCGCUUCUGUAUUUACGAAAAUAUUACAACGAAAUCGCUACAUGAUUGGCUGGCAUUACUGAUAUAUCAGUCUCUUCAUUACGAUAUGUUCUUAUGGCUUCUUUCCGAUACACCAAGACAGGUUCUUAAUGGGGCUACUAUCGCUUACUCAAUAUCAAAUUCGUUCCAAAGCUCUAAUAUUGGUGCAAUUAUACGGGAAAUCGCGCAGACAAACAAAAGAGAAGCAAUAUUACUUUCAUUCAUGACAUUCUCCUUCGUGGUGUGGGUUUUCUUCUCUAUGAAAUACCUCAUCCUAAUCUUAUCGGCAAUAUGUAUCGUUCCUUCCGUUAAGAGAAGGACACAUCUUUCAUAUUCACAGGGAUGUAAAUCCAUAGUUGCCGCAAGCGUUAUGAAAAUGUACGAAAAGGAGGAAAGAAAGAAGAGAAAGUCCAUGAUGCAUAAGAGAAAGAUUCCGUCUGUCAUUAAGGAUGACUCUAUGGCCGACAUUACGUUUGGUCAGGAUGAUUCUUCAAAAACUUCGUUUGCAUACGAGAAAAAUCCAUUCAGUGAUGUUAAUGGCUUCCCAAAACCCCCAUCUUAUCAACUUUCAAACUUUUCUUCUCAAAGCAACAAGUCGUUUGGGAGUGCAGCAGGUUCAGAUGCAAACUUGAAUUCUAACAACAUCUCUUCUUCCUCUGUUUCAACUGACUACUUCAGGGAUUCUCGGUCAAGAGGUCCUCUGCAUACCCAAACAAUGCCUAAUCCACCGACAGGAAACCUUCCAGGAGCGCAAUCUGGAAUAAGAAAGGGAAGUAUGCCUUUAGGUUUAGAAAUGUAUUCUCAAAACGAGGGAGUAAAUGUUACGGGGGAGAAUUCUGUGAUGUCACAGCCUCCAAUAAUGUCACUUAACGCAUACCAGAGGGCACAGAUGAACUCGGCAAUAUCAUUGCAACAACCGCAGGUCGCUGCUAAGUUCAACGGGUCAACUGUGAGCUUUUCGGAUGCAGAUGAAAACGACAGUAUGAAAUAUUAUCCAGAACGCAGUCAGUUGCAGAAUCCGCAGAUACAUGCCGAAAGCUCACAAAGCCAUUCAUCUGGGGAUAUUUACUUAUUGGCUCAAGCACGUCAGGUGCCCCAGCAACAACGCACAAUGCAGGGCAAACCUUACAGUGGAAGUCAUAACUACUCCAAAGGACGUACUGCAACGAGUGGGCAAAGGACACACGGAGAAAGAGCUAGGAGCAGGAGGAAUUCGCCUGGAGAUAGUGGUGCAUACUCGCAAAAUCCAUCGCCAUAUGGAAGACGGGGCAUAGCAGGAUACAUGAAGCCUCAGAUAGGCCAAAAACAGACAGAUAACAACGAGGAGAGUCAACUAUAUAAAUCUAGGGGCUUGGACAAAGCAUUUACAAGUAACUUCUAA